AUGAGGCGCCACGCCCUGCUUGGCGUACUCGCGGCAAUCUCGUGCGCGCGCCCGACGACUGCCUGGGACGGCAAGUGUUGGAAAUGCUGGGAAUCGUUCCGCGCGAGCCUCUGGCUGCCGUUCUCGGAAGGCGACAUCCAGUCGAGGCAAUGGGCCGUCGCGGCGAAGAUGGCCGCGGACCAAUUCAACGCGCGAAACGGCUCGAUCGUGGCGGAGUUCGCAGAGGUGCCGCCGGCGUGCCCCUUUGUGCUCUCCGUCGACGUCUGGGACACCUCGCAGGGUCCGACGGUGGCGAUCAAGGAUUUCACCGAAGCUUACAUUUCGUCGGGUUUCGAUGAUUGCUUUUAUCCGAAUUUUAGAAAACCCGCAGUCAUCGUGGGGCCCAAAUUCUCGUCCGUGGCCGUGCCGCUCUCCAUCGUGGCGGGCGCGAACAGUUUUGACAUGAUCAGCCCGUCGGCCACGAGUCCCGUGCUGGACGAGGCGGUCCAUUCAAAUUUCGUGCGGACAAUCCCCAGCGACGGUGAUGGUUUCGCGGAGGCGUUCUGCGAUUGGUGCCGGGACCAGGGGUGGACGACCGUCGGCAUCAUCGCAAAGUCUGACAGCUUCAGGUAA